GUGAUGCCAGUGUGGAGCACCUGGGAGUCAGUCAUCGGCGGUGCUUUCAGUGGAGCUGCGUACAGGGAACUGACUUCACAGCAAUGCGGACGAAGGGGAAAACGAGGGUAAUAGUCCGUUUUUCUGUAGCAACCCGAUGGAUCGGGGCUUUGCUUGAUCGUAAGGCAUGAUUUAACAGGGAUUACGCCACUAAAACCGCACAGAAAAGGACAUUAACUGGCUUGGAAGCAGCUACGGGGCGGAUAUUAUCCCGACAAAACCCUUACCCAAAUUCGUAUUCCCAGCCCCGGCCGUGUGGAAUAGUCAGCUAAAAUAAUGAUUGCUUGAAUAUAUUUUUAUACUGUCUUGUAGCGGUUUUUUUUUUUUGCCAGCACCGCUUCCUAUUUUCUACAGACUCGCUAUGGUGGACUCCCCUACCAUGAGGAAGACUUUUGUGGUCCCAGACAUAAAGCCAUUGGAUUUGUAUGACUGUACUAAAGCAAAAAUAUGCGCAAGUGUCGGAUGGCUACUGGCAAAGUCCUACGGCAGUGCAGAGAAUGUCUCUGCAGAGCUACGUGACCCCUUCUACUGUGACCAGUAUGAGCAGGAGCACCUUAAACCGCCAGUCACGCGCCUCUUGCAGUCCUCGGAGAUCUACUGCCGGACCUACAGCCAAUUACUGGAGGGACCAGGAGCCGAAGUACAGCCCAAAGACAACGUCGCCCUGCUGCAGCUCCUCACUCAGAGAGGCAUAGUCUCCAAAGACCUGGACUCACCAGUGACUGAUGCAGACCUCCGACAUAAACCCAUCAAAAUGAGUGCUCACCUGGCAGUGAUAGAUGCCCUGAUGACUGUGGAAGCCAUGGAGACGGUGACUGCGGUGAAGACGUGUGGUUCUGCCAAGCUACCGGGUGGAGCCUCCAGCUGGGAGGAUGCUCUGCUUCAUUGGGUUAAUGAGUUAAAUCAGAAGUUAAGAGAAUGCACUGAAGGAGCCCAGAAUGACACGUCUCAGGCCGUUACGGAGCCCCAACCUGUUCAACCCUCUUGUCCUACUCGCUGGUACUGGAAACUUGUUCCUCUCCGCUACAGGAAGGAUAAAAUACAGUCCAAACAAAAGCCCAUCUUUCCAGUGGUGAAUGAAGUCAAAGAUCUGUCCAGUGGUUGUGCUGUUGCUGCAGUCAUACAUUACUAUUGCCCUGGCCUGCUAAGACUUGAAGAUGUUUGUAUGAAGGAGUCCAUGUCUGUCGCGGACAGCCUGUACAAUCUGCAGUUCAUCCAUGAAUUCUGUGACAGCUGUCUGAAGAGCUGCUGUCACUUGACACUGGAGGACAUGCUAUACACCCCACAGGAGCUUCAGCUCAACUGGCUGAGCUUCCUAGCAGAACUGCUUAGCUGGUUUGAAGUACGAAGGCCAGAAUUUGUUCAGCCAAUAGACAUGUUGGAUGGAUCCACACCAGUAACACCAAGUAGUUUGAGUGGCAACAGUAACUCCCCUUCUAUCUUCAAGAAGCCUUUCCUCCCCAUCUCCUCUCCUGUGUCAGGAUCUUUGACUCAGUCUACCUCAAUGUCUCAUAUAGAAGGAGUUGGAAAGACAUGGAACAAGAAACCUCUCAGCCGCCCUUUGUCAGCAGUAUCCUUCAGCAUUCCCUUUGGCCUGGACAGUGAUGUGGACAUUGUGAUGGGCAACCCUGUGAUAACCCGCUCUGUGAGCUCAGACCAACUCAACCCUGCAGGCCAAAACAUGACUCGGGUGCCCUACACUCCUCCUGAAGACCUCAGCCAUUUUCUGAGCAAAGCCCCUGGCCCCAACGGUCCACAGAGAGCUUCUUGGGCUACCCAGUCUCCCAGUAUUCCAAGGUUGGCAGAGGAGAACGGUCUUGCGGCGAGUGAAGCGGGAGAGCUGCCGACCAUUGAAGAGGCUCUCCAAAUUAUCCACAACGAUAGCAAGAUGGAGCCUCGUUUACACCCUGAUGGUGCUCCUGAUGGCUUCUACCUCCACUCUCCUGAUGACCCUGUUAGUUCUAGACAUAACCUCAAAUUAGCACCCAUCAGCUGCUCUGCCCCUACACGCUCAGGAAUGAUGUACCGGCCCACGGGCGAGUCCCGGGAGCCCAAUCGCACCAGAAACACUUCUGAAUGUUCACGAGAUGAUGACUCUGUCUUGAGAGACGGCAGUGUGGACUCUGAUGCAUCAGAGGACUUGCCUAAGGCCCAGUCCACUCCAUCUACACCAGCUGUUGGUGCACACGCUGCCAGAGGCCAUGGCCAUGAGGGGUCUGAUGUUGGUGUGAAGAUGACCAGCUUUGCAGAACGCAAAAAGAAGCAGAUUUUGGAUUCUCCUAAAGCCAGUGAUCCCUCUCCUUCUUCUUCUUCUUCUCCUCAGCUGACCACUUGGACACAAAAGUCUGAUGAAAGCCCCAGCAAGAGCCCACAACUCAAUAAUGAGAUGUCUGAGCUAGGAACGCGGCUUGAAGAAAAGCGCAAGGCUAUCGAAGCCCAGAAGAAACGCAUUGAGGCCAUUUUUGCAAAGCACCGGCAAAGACUAGGGAAGAGUGCCUUUCUGCAGCUAAAGAAGGAGCAGCGUGAGGGCGAAGGUGAUGGGGAAGGAGGGAAUGGCCAGACCACAGAAGAAGACAUUUCUCGCUUGACACUGGAAGAAAGGCUAGCUCACAUGGAAGAAGAGCAGCAGGAAAAAGAUGAACAGUGCCCCGCAGUGGAGGAUGACUGUAAUGUCAAAGGAGGACUUCAGUUAAACAAACAGGCCAGUCACUCCAAAGAAAAGGCAGGUACACCAGGAGAGAAGGGCUCUGGGACACCUGGUGAGAAAGUGGUAGCUCCACUAGGGGACUAUAAUAAUGCUGUAUCCAAGCUGACUGCAGCUCUUAGUUCUCUGCAAAGUGACAUGCAGCGGUUGACCGACCAGCAGAACCACCUAGUCAAGAAGAAAGCUGUAACCUCCAGCAACAAAUCCUGGGUUAUUCCAGCCAGCCCUAAAACUUCCACCCCAGCACCUGCACGCCUGUCGCGGGAAUCCACCCGAGAUUUAAAUUCAGCCUCCUCUUCGCCUUCUCCAUCUCGUAAAUUCACAAACCAUACCCCUCCUCCUAAGUCCCCUAAAGUCCGUAGAGCCCAAUCUGUGCCCCCUAAAAGCCCCAAAAACCACCAACACAGUCGCCCACAUUUGGACGUUAAGCUCCCCACCCUGUCGAGGGUUAUCACCGCACCUCAAAGUGUGGACCGCAUCCCCCACCUUCGUCGUGUAAAUCCCUGGCAAUCCAAAGACCAGACUUUAUCCUCAUUCUCCAUUGGUGACGGACUAGAUGAGCUGCACUCAUAUGGACCAACCCCUGUCCCCACGCCAACACUGUCCCCUAUACCACCUCUUACCCCGACUCCCCGUCCUGCCGCAGAUGACACACUGUCAGAGGUAGGCUCCAAUGACGAUCAUAGUAUAUUUAGCAUGGAGCUGGAGGCCGGACCCUCGCAUGCUCUUGUGUCUAAGAAGGAAGCGUUUGAACAUGGGGGCUACAGCUCUGGUGCCCCAUCAGAGUGCUCCUUCGAGAGUGAUGUCACUGCAGGGAUGUUGAAUGGCAAUCGCAGUAGCUUGAUAGAGAUCUCGCUGUCUGCUCUGCGAGGAGAUGGGGAGGAGGAUGACCAAGUACCUGACGUUUUUUCUGACUCGAUGAGUGACCGCACUGAGCCAGAGGCCAAGGCAGGGGUUGGUUUCUUUUUCAAGGAUGACAAGGAGCGAACGGAUGAUGAGAUGGCCCAGCGAAGGGCAGCUUUGCUGGAAAAACAGCAGAAGAGAGCAGAAGAGAUGAAAAGACGCAAACUUGAACAGGAAAAAGAAAAAGAAUCAAACAAACCUCAGUGGAUGAUCAUCGAGGGCUGGAAUAAGAGCGAGGACGGACCCCAGACUCCAGGUACCCCACCAGCCGAGGGGACUCCCCAGCGCAGAGGGGACUUCACUCGGCAGGAGUACGAGAUGAGACAUCAGCUGAAGAUCAUGGAAGACUUAGACAAGGUGCUGAGGCAAAAACCCACCACUGUUCGUGGUGUCAAGAAGAGACCCAAGACUAUGUUCAGAGAUGACUCCGUUCUCUCUCAUAGCCCUGCCAAGGGUUUCAUGGGCACCAGGCUGAACAAGGUGUACUCUCACUCAACCAUGAACUUGUCCUCCAUGGCUAAUGACUCUGGAGGCCUGACUGUCAGGAAGUCUCCCAGCCGUUCACAUUCUCCCUCCCGGCUAAUGUCACCAAGACGAACGAGUGCUCACAACGGAGAGAAGGAUUGGGAGAAUGGCUCCACUAUUUCCUCCCCUGCCUCAAUCCCAGAAUACACAGGACCAAAGCUGUACAAAGAGCCUAGCUUUAAGUCCAAUAAGUUCAUCAUCCAUAAUGCUAUCACCCGCUGCUGCCUGGCCGGCAAGGUCAAUGAACUACAGAAAAACAAGAUUGUAGAGGAAAUGGAGACGAGCAUGGCCAACCACUUCCUCAUCCUCUUCAGAGAUACUAGCUGCCAGUUCCGAGCAGUUUACACCAUGAACCCUGAAACUGAGGAGAUGGUACGGCUCACUGGCAUCGGCCCCCGGUUCAUUGCCCCUGAGAUGGUUGAGUCCAUUUACAAGUACAGCUCUGACCGCAAGCAGUUCACUGUCAUCCCGUCCAAAACUAUGUCCAUGAGUGUGGACGCCUUCACCAUCCCUGGUCACUUUUGGCAAAAGCGCCCAGGAACUCCCAAGAAGCUUGGCACCCCCAAAUAAUGUUGGGUAGAUGGGUAGAGAUGUGACCAAUCAGGGAACCAACUCCCAUCUUGACUCAUAUUAUCCUCUAUUUUGGCCAGUGAGGCACUUGACAUUUGAGAUUGGGCAGUUAAACUAGCAGUGGACAGCAUGACUGAUUAGGCUUGUUGCCAGCUAAUCAACCUGAUUGUCCAGUCAACUCUACAUGCCAAGAGAAAGGGCCAGUCAUUCACUCAUUCAGCCAAUGUAGUUACAAUAGUUUCUCUGUUGAGGGCUUCUGAUUUGACUCUGCCUCGUCUACUUAGAUUGUAAAAUGUGAUGCGACUGAUUCUGUGGGGAUGAGAAAUUCUCUUUCCUUUGCACCCUGCCUCCUCAUGCCUUGCCCCCGCCCCUGGAGUCAUUUGUGCAACUCUUAGGUAAGAAAAACAGAGGACAACCACACUGCCUUUGCCCGUACAACAGUAUUUCGGGCCAGAGUAGUUCCCGCCCCUCUAAGUUCUGCUUGCUUUUCCUUUUGCUGCCUUUUGUUCUUCUUCCAGAGCUCACUCUCUCUCCAGUCUACUGAGACAAGUGGCUCAGCUCUCUGUUCUGACUGGAGAUCUUAGCUGAAAAUGAGUAGCGGGUAAUGCUGCUCUCAUAUGAAUGUAGGGCACACACUAACCACUCAUUCCAUUCAAGGGUGUUCUCACUGGUUGGUCAGGACCAGAAAAUUGCAUAGUGGGUGGUUCCUCUGUGGGCUGCAUUGGUGGUGGCUACUAUGGUUGUCAGUGGACUUGCACACCUAGGGACUGCCCGUGCCCCCAUAGUCCACACAUUCCACUCCAUUCCAACUCCUUCAGCUGUAAACAUCUGGAUGUUUUUUUUUAUACUAUUUUGACAUGUUUUUGCUGGACAAAUCGCUUCAGCCUUUUGAGAGCUGAAAGAAGAAUGAAAUUCAUGUGACUUUUUUUCCUCUUCACUUGCUUUCUCAUUUUCAACAUGUGAUGAAUUGAAAUGUUAUCUGAGCUUUUCUUGAAAAACAAUACUGGAAACAUGAAGGAGGGCUUUACCCUGUUUAUCAUUACUUGGAUACAGCUCUGUGUGAAAAUGAUAAUCAAUACUGAUUUAAUAUAUAUUGAAUGCUGAUUACUUUGAUUUUCUUUUUUGACAAUGAUUUGUAAAAAGUAAUUUGACCUUUGUAAGCUACGAAUAAGCUAGCCUGCUGCUUACGCAUUAGUGAGAUGUAUGUUUGAGACGAGAAUGAGUGUAUGAGAAUGAAAAGAAAUUGUCAAACUGAAAAUUGCUGAAACCUUUUGUCUUGGGAUUAAUAAAUCCUUUAGGUUACUAGGAGUCUGUUUCCUAUUAUAUGAUUCCCUGUUUGAGGUUUCUUAAUGAAGGAUUAAGCCCUCACCUUCCCCACACAGAAUCCUUUAUGUAUAACUGGGGGAAUGUAAGAUGCCAAUGUAAAACACUUUUUUUUGCCAGUGUGUCCAUGCUGUUGCUCUUGCAGUUGCUUGUGAUCAGGUCAAAACCUGUGGGAAAUUGUCCCUUCUUCUCUUCAUUUGCAGUCUUUAGCACUACAGCAGCUGCCAUGGUGCAGCUGUCUUCUUCACUGACUGCCUCCACCAGAUGUGUUUAAAUGAGAUUCCAAUACAGAUGUGGGGAAAGAAAUAUUGAGAGCUGCAAUUAGGGAAGAAAAGAGGAUUGAUUCAAAGUGAGUGUGGAGGAGUGCAUAUGGACUUAGUGGAUGUUUGUAUUUAUGUGUUUGUAAAGAGUAGUAUGUGGUAGUUAAACACUAUAUUUUGAUUCCGUGCAAUUCUCUCCUAGACAUCCCCACGUCACCCGGAGGUGUAUUUAUUUGGUUUGCAUUAGAUGAUGCAUUUAAUGUUUAGUUUCAGGUUCCAAUUAUGUCUUUUUUCGGUUAAGGUGGUAAGUCUCUCAUUCAUUUCAUAGAAGUUGUCAUAACAUUUAUGUUUUCUUUCUCUUCUGUUAUCAAAGUCACCACAUUAUGUAUGAUCAUUUCAUAAAUUGACUAUCCUUGGCAACUGGACCAUACCAAUAAAAAUCCUUUAAAAAUCAA